AACUGGGGCUUAUGGGUUAAGGUUAGCCCUCACGAGAACAGAAUAAAAAGUUAAAAAAGAUUGUUAAAGCCUUCUAUCAUCAAACAAAUGAUCUGGCUUUUGGUGUCUGAUUUCCUACCACAGGCAGCUCUCACUCUGUUUCUUUCUCAAACUCUAACUUCUGGUGUUGCUGUGUGUUUGCAUUUCAGAAGUUCCAGCGUGAGUUAAGCACCAAGUGGAUAUUGAAUACAGUGAGUACUGGGGCCCAUGUGCUGCUGGGAAAGAUCCUACAGAACCACAUGCUGGACCUCUGCAUCGCCAACUCCAAACUCUUCUGGAGGGCACUGGCCAUGUUGCAGAGGUUUUCUGGACAGUCCAAGGCUCGCUGCAUCGAGAGCCUUCUUCAAGUGAUCCAUUUUCCUCAACCAUUGUCGGAUGAUGUCCGCGCUGCCCCGAUCUCCUGCCAUGUCCAGGUUGCCCAUGAGAAGGAAAAGGUGAUCCCCACAGCCUUGCUGAGCCUCCUACUCCGGUGCUCCAUCACUGAGGCUAAGGCACGUCUGGCUGGAGCUUCUUCAGUCUGUGAGGUUGUUAGAAGCGUCCUCUCUGGGCCAGGUCAGAAGCGGAGCACUCAAACCCUUGGAGACCCUACCGCCUGUGGUGCCCUGAAUUGAUGUUUUUGAGACCAUGGAGGGCAGAGUCCCCCUCCAGUUCCCAGGGGACUUGUGCCAGCAAUACAGUUGUGGGGACAAUUUCGGGUGAGUGCGGCACUCACUAACAGCCCAGAAAUGGGAAAGAGUCCUGUUUUCAGCCGGAUCAUUUCAAUUCUUACUGGUGUCUUCUGAUCUCAGAAAUAAAACUGUCUUGUUUUGGAACCUAA